UUCCUCCCUCCAAAACGCCCAAAUGUCUUUCACCUUCAUUAGGAAUUUCAUACUUCCAUUUGUUACUGCAAAAUUCGAAUUCAAAAUGGCCACAACAAGAUUUUAUUCCAAAAGAUUGACAUCUAAGCCUGGAAUUUCAAACUCAAAGUUAGUAGCCGGUUCUGAAUCUUCCAUUGGCGCUUCUGGGCCAGAAGUUCGUGUAUUUACUAGGAAGAAAAGAGUCAAAAAGGAGGUUCAAAUCCCUACAGAGGAGCUCAAAACAGAACCUGUCGAACUGAAAUUUUGUCGCUUACCUGAAAUUGAAGAGUUUGCAUAUGGAAAGAGCAGUGGAUCUGCUCAGUCGAAACAGUCAAAAGCUACUUCUAAAGUGCUUCCUAUGGGAAGUAAGGAUGCUUCAUCUAUCAUACCACAAGUGGAACCACCUGGUAAUUGGGAAGAAGUCCUUGAAGGGAUACGUAAAAUGAGGUCUUCUGAUGAUGCUCCAGUAGAUUCAAUGGGAUGUGAGAAAGCUGGCAACACUCUUCCACCAAAGGAAAGACGAUUUGCUGUUUUGGUGUCUUCGCUACUUUCAAGCCAAACCAAGGAUGCAGUUACUAAUGGAGCAAUACAGCGGCUACUUCAAAAUGGUCUACUGACUGCUGAUGCCAUUGUAGAUGCUGAUGAGGCAACCAUCAAGAGCUUGAUUUACCCAGUUGGGUUUUACUCAAGGAAGGCUUCUAACUUGAAGAAAAUUGCAAAUAUCUGUCUCAUGAAGUAUGAAGGAGAUAUUCCCAGUUCUUUGGAAGAUUUGCUUUCACUUCCAGGAAUAGGUCCUAAGAUGGCUCACCUGGUUAUGAAUGUAGGAUGGAACAAUGUUCAAGGGAUAUGCGUAGACACUCAUGUGCAUCGCAUUUGCAAUCGCCUUGGGUGGGUAUCGCGGCCAGGCACGAAACAGAAAACUUCAACUCCUGAGGAAACAAGAGAGUCUUUGCAACUGUGGCUCCCAAAGGAAGAAUGGGUUCCGAUAAAUCCUCUGCUGGUUGGAUUUGGACAGAUGGUAUGUACUCCUCUAAGACCUCGAUGUGGCAUGUGUGAGAUAAAUACUCUCUGUCCAUCUGCUUUCAAGGAGAUGACAAGCCCCAAAUCUAAGAAAAGGAAUCCUAGUCCUAUCAAGAAGACAUGACUGAAUCACCAUUUGAGGGCUUU